AAUAAUAAUAACAUGUAUAUAGCAAUAAGUAAAAAAAAAUAAAAUACAAAACGAAAGCUCAUUCAUCAGAACUUUGCCGUACAGUUUAUCCGUCUAUGACAACUUCCGCUGCAUUGAAACCCCGGAAACGUGAAAAAGGAGACACAGCCUACUUUCGGUUCCGUGCAAUACGUUAUUGAUUAACCAUGAUCAUCAGAUUCUACUUCAUGUGUGUGUCUGCAGUGCUGAUACACAAAGUGUGUCUGCAGGUCACAGUAGAGGGUGUUAUUAGUGGUUCUGUUGUCCUGCCGUGUUCUUCAACUCAACAUGAUCAUAAACUUCAAGACAUUGAUGUGUUUUGGAGACACAAUGGCAGCAAGAUUGUGUAUGAUAUAAUCAAGGGUAAAAAUUCAGUAGAGCAACAGGAGCCACGAUACAAGAACAGAACUGAAACUUUCCUUGAAGAGUAUAAGAGAGGAAUCUUCAACAUCAGACUCACUGCUCUCAAUCACGCUGAUGCAGGAGAAUACACCUGUCUCAUCGCACACUCAUCUGAACAUAAGACUGUGGAGCUGAUCAUCAACGAGACAACAACAGAAAAUGGAACCAAAUCAGCUGAUCAAGAAACCCAAAAACCAGAAACAGAUGUGGUGACAUCGUCGUCUUUGCUCUGGGUUUACAUCAUAGUAGCUGUAUUAAUAAUGCUUAUAGCCGGUUUCGUCAUUGGCUGUAGAAAAAAAAUUCAAGCUGCUUUAUUCUCUCCUGUCUUGACUGAAGAUAGAGAACAGUGUCAGAAAUAAAUGUGUAAAAGUUUCAAAAGUGAUUUUAACUAAAUUGUUACAGCUUUCAUUGUUUCAUUCUGGUGUCAGAGACACUGUUUUGUGCUUUUAUAUUCUUGCUGUUUGCACUGUGUUGCUCUUAUUGUAUAACAGAAUGUGAUCUUGAAACAGGAAUUUUGUUUAAAAUUGAAGGAUGAAUGAUUCUGAUAAUGUGUUAGUGCCUUAACAAUUCUGUUUCUGUUCCACACGUUUUCUUUUCUUUGUUGUGUUUGCAAAUAUUAAAUAUAUUUUGUAUUGUUUAUGUAUUUUUAUUUAAUUAAUCUGAUUCAUUAAUUCCUGAUCCAUACAGUUUGCUGAAGAUAAACAUAAGCAUGGUACUCAAGCGUUCCACUAUAUAGUUCUACAUGCUUAUUGUAUUGUACAAAUUGUAUUUCCCUGUUGUUUCAAAGGG